CCCGCCCGGCCCGCCACCGCCAUGCCGCUGCUGGGGGUCCUCUGCGCCGGACUGGUGGCCUGGGCUCUGGCCCGCUACUCCGACGACCAGUGCAGCUGGACGGGAAGCGGCUUGUCCCAGAAAGGCGACCUCGUGGAGCAGCUGACGCUACAUUGCGCGGAGGGCUCCGUGGAGUGGCUGUACCCGGCCGGGGCCCUGCGCCUCACCCUGUCCCCGCGCCCGCCCCCGCCCCGCCGCCUCCUGGCCUGCAUCCGUCCCGCUGACACGUUCCGGGGGGCUCAGGUCUACCUGGAGCGGGCCGGGGUCCUAGAGCUGCUGCUGGAGGAGUCUGCGGCGGGGGGGUCCAGGGCAGGCCCAGCAGGAGGCCGCUGCUUCGCCUGGGAGCCUUGGGAGAAGGUGGCCUUGUUCCUGCUGGCCGCGCCGCACCGGGACAUCAGCCGCCGCGUCGCCGCCUUCCGCUACGAGCUGCGUGACGAUGGGCACCCACGCCGGCCCCUCUUCUCCGGAGGCCUGGGCGUGGAAGGGACCUGCCGCCCAUGCAAUGAUACCGAGGUGCUGACGGCGGCCUGCACCAGUGACUUCGUUCUGCGCGGGACGAUCCGCGACGUGCGGCAUGACCUGGAGCUGCAGGAGGCGGUCAUCAGCGUCGGCGCCGCCCUCAUUCACCGGCAGAAGUUGCCGCUGUUCCAGCCGGCGGGCUGGCGUGCGGGCACCAUCCGCACCCCCCUGCGCUGCGGCGUGCGGCCUGGCCCCGGCACCUUCCUCUUCACCGGCUGGGGCCACUUCGGCCAGGCCUGGCUGGGCUGCGCCCCACGCUACCGGGACUUCCGCCGCCUCUACGAGGAGGCCCGAGCCGCCCGCCGCAACCCGUGCGAGCUGGGCCUGGGCUGAGGACCGGAGCUGGGCGGCAGACCCUUGGCCCGUCCAGCCGGAACCCCCGCUGAUGCGGUGUCAAUUGCGACCCCGGGCCUGGUGGGAGUGGAGCCCCCAGCCCUUCCCCUCUCCCUGGACAAUGAUCAGGCUUUUGGAGACUGAGCGGGAGGGGAGAGAGGGAUAUAGUCUUUCUGGUUGCGGGGAGGCCCCCAGUGUCCCUCCAAACCCCCGUUUCUGCUGCCCCACGGGGGGUGGGGAGGACGGGGGACCCUCCACCCCAAGCCCAGCUCUGGGUUGAAGGUGAAUGAGUGGGUGGGGGCCCCCAGUUUUGAGCAUCGGCCCUUCUGCCCUCGUGCCCUCCAGCUGCUGAUGGUCAAGCCCCCAUCCCUCCUCCCGGGGACAGGGUGAUGCCCCAGGGGAGGGGGGCUCCACAGACCAUGUCACCAUACCAAAUGUGAAUGUUGAUGGCAUUUUGGGAAGUAAAGUCUCGGCCACGUGGA